GGUGGAGAGGCAGGUGGAACUGAGCUGGAAGCGAAAUAAACCCCUGCCUUCUCUAUGAAUUUUCUUGUGCCAGGCACUGUGCUGGGCCUUUUCUUCUUCCGACCUCUUUUUGGGCGGAAGAACACACCAGCCGUCUCCCCUCUCCAGAGACGGCAAAUGCCUCCGGCUGUCUGAUCUCAAGUAAUACUAACAGCGCCCUAUGAACCCUGACUAUGGCCAGGUGCUGGGCUGGGCGUUUUGCGUGUGUCAUGUCAUUGCAUCCUCCCACUUUACAGGCCCGAUUCGGCGCUUCGCCACCCACCCGGGGAAUCCCUGGAGCCACCAGUUCUCCAGGAAUUAAGAAUUUCGUGAUGUUCCCUGCCCUCGUGGAGGGCGGGGGGGAGUGCUACAAGGGGCCAUCGCGCAAGUGCGGCCCCGGCCUCAGCCGCACACGGCGGGCCUCACUUGGGGCCCAGGCUACCGGAGAAGGCGCGCGGACCAGCGGACUGGGCGAGUGUCCCUGCCCGCCCCACCACUCGCCGCCCCUGCUGGCCCGCCCGCCGGUGGGUGGGCGCUUUCCUCCGCUCCCCGAGACACUUUGCAGACGCUCCCCGGCGCCGGGCAUGGGCGCCGUCACCGCCUUCGGUCCCCGGGCCAGAUUCCUUGCGCGGGUGGGUGAGCGCGGGGCCCCGGCCCUUCCGAUCCUGGGCACCUGCGGGCGGCGGGUGGUGGCCGCGUCUGUACCCGCGACUAGGCACAUCUCCCGCUGGGAACCCCUGCCACCAUCACUCCCCUUUCUACCCGCGGGACAAAGGGCGGGGGCGGGGGGCGCAUCCCCACGCGUGACCUUUCCCCGCACUGCGCACGCGCUCAGCCCCACACCACGGGGGAGGGGUUGUGCCGGCUCACGCGAGUGCAGGGCGUGA